ACUUAAGACCUACUUAAGCUUCUUAAAGGAAGAAAAUAAACUUAAGGGAUGAGUCAGCAAAAAAGCCUUUUAUUUCGUAGCUCCUGCCUACUUUGCUGUCUGUUGAUAAAUCCCGCUGGCGGUGGCCUUCAUAUUAUUGGAAGCGAGUGUACGUACAGCACAGUAUAUGAUGUCUCCUAGCAACAGAUAGUGCAACAUGUCAUUUGUAUCAUAAUCUUCAAUCCCAAAAGAUAUCUAUGCAGUGCUGUUAAAUUAGAUAAUCAAACAUGCGGCAAACUCAGGUGUGAUCAGUAUUAUUAUGUUUGUUUGAUUUUUCAGUUUUUUGUAAGUUUAGAAAAGUAAAGUUUCACGUAUUAAUAGGCUUCUGCAAAAAAGGCAAUAUUUUCCCUUGGGUUUCCUAAACUUUUUCGUAGUGUCUUGUUGAGUUGUAGUAGCCUACCUUCGCCUGUUAAUAUACAUGUGUAACAAUUGCGCUAAUUUUGUAUCCAAAUAAGUGUAAGUAAAUUAUUGAGAAUGAUGUAACGCUGACUUCAUAUUUCAACGUGUAAAACGUGCUUUAUUGCGCUUUAUUGAACGCUUGGUGUUCCUUUAAAGGACGUAUUGAGGAUUAAUGUUUCGCAUGUACGUGAUUUAAGGGAAAUUAGAUUUCCGUGACUGUAACCUAAACGUUUCUAGAAUUGCGCAGUUGGACGUCAACUGAUCCAUUUCCAGUAAUGGAAAUGUUUGGGUGUAUAUAAGAUUAUGUUGACUAGUUAGAUGAUUGCCAUUACCAUUGUGUUGCAUUGCUAUUGGAGCGUUCAGAUCAGACCAGAAUUUAUCUAGAGUUAGCUCUGGAAACGGAACUUUUACACAUGCACAAGUGAUGCGCUUUUCUUCCAGGUACCUCUGUGAAAAAUAAUUUCCCACGCGACUUUAUAUACCUUACUAAGGAAUUUCUUAAUUUAAAAAUUAGAAUAAAUCUAUCAAUAAUAUAUUAAGAGUUCUGAAGAAAUGACAGGUAAAUGUCAACAAAAUUGCUUUUCAAGAAAAAAAAAUAAGACCAAGGUCUUAGCACAAGAGAAUAACGUUAACACUGCGCCGGUGAAAUUUAUUCGACUCUUUCGUUUUGCAUCGAGGAAUGACGCAAUGUUGAUAUCCGUAUCUGUCACGGCUUCCAUAUUAAAUGGAAUAUGCCUUCCCCUAAUGGUACUCCUUUGGGGAGACCUUUCCAACGUCAUCAUUGCAAAUUAUGAUCCCGGAACAAAUAAUACAGACAUCACCAACACAACGACUUGCCCAUCCCAUUCCAAUGCAACCCAACAUGUCCCUAUUUUCACAUUAUUUACACCUGAUAGCCGAGAUAUUAUGGACGCUGUCGUCCUCUUUGCGAUUGGCACAACUGUUAUAGGAUUAAUCUCAGUUUCGCUGAAUUUCAUAUUCAUUACAUGUCUGAAUAUCUCAGCUGAGAACCAAAUUUACAGAUUACGGAGCUUGGUUGUGAAAGCCAUUUUGGCCCAGGAAAUUAGUUGGCAUGACUCGAGAACAACUGACGGAUUGGCGGUUCGGGUUUCAGAAGACUUGACGAAAAUUCAGGAUGGAAUCGGCGAAAAAGUGGGACUUUUCUUGACGUACAGUUCCAUUUCACUGUGCUCUCUUAUUGCCGCUUUUUAUUUCGGAUGGGAGUUGGCACUCAUUACAUUAGUGGCCUUACCCAUUCUGACCAUCACCGCCGGAAUUCUGGCCAAAAUUCAAUCCACUCUCACAACCAAAGAGUCCGAAGCUUACGCAUCAGCUGGAAGUUUAGCCGAAGAGAUCAUUGGAGCUAUAAAAACCGUGACCAUGUUUGGUGCCCAAGAGAAAGAAGUUGAACGAUUCGAAGCUUCCAUCAAACCGGCACGAAGAGCAGGAAUCAAACGAGGAUUUGCCACAGGAAUUGGAAGCGGAUUGGUGUGGAUUCUCACUUACUCCAGCUAUGCGCUAACAUUUUGGUACGGCAUCAAACUCAUCCUCGAAUCGACGUGCGGUGGUGAAAACACAAGCAAGUACGACGCUGGGACGCUGAACAUUGUAUUUUUCAACAUGCUUUAUGCUGCUCUAAACCUGGGCAAGUUGCUCCCUUUCGUCGAGGCUUUUAACACAGCUCGAGUUGCGGCCGGAAGUAUCUAUCACAUCCUCGGUCAAAUCCCGGAGAUAGACAGUUCGUCAUCGGCUGGGAAACUCCCGACAAACGUCCACGGUCACAUCAAAAUUGAGAAUGUCGAUUUCAGUUAUUCAUCUCGUCCGGAUGUCCCCAUACUUCGAGAGAUCAGCUUUGAAGUAGCCGCCGGAAGAACAGUGGCUUUGGUUGGACAAAGUGGUUGCGGUAAAUCUACUUGCAUUCAAUUACUGCAACGAUUUUACGAUCCCAUUCGAGGCAAAAUAACCAUAGACGGACAUGAUGUGAAAGAACUCAACGUGCGCUGGUUGCGGGAAAAUAUUGGCGUUGUCGGACAAGAGCCUGUACUGUUCAGCAUGAGCAUACGUGAUAAUAUUCGGUACGGACAUCCUCGCUAUGAUGGCAUUUCACAAGAAGAUGUCGAGCUUGCUGCAAGGCAGGCUAACGCUCACGAUUUCAUCGCAUCGCUACCAAACGGUUACGACACGCUAGUAGGAGAACGUGGUGCUCAUCUCAGUGGCGGUCAGAAACAGCGGAUCGCAAUUGCCCGUGCCCUCGUUCGGAAUCCCAAAAUUCUGCUAUUUGAUGAAGCAACAUCAGCCCUAGAUACAAAUAGUGAAGCCGUGGUUCAACAAGCUUUAGAUCAGGCAAGGCAAGGGCGGACAACUCUAAUCGUUGCCCAUCGACUCACUACUAUCCGCAAUGCCGAUUCUAUUUUGGUUUUCAACAGCGGAGUGAUUCAAGAAGAAGGCGACCACGACAGCCUAAUGAAUAAGAGAGGGCUCUAUCACCGUUUAGUGGAAUCACAGGAACACAAUGUCACAUCAGACGAAGUAGAUGAGCAUCAGGAAUUCAACUUAGAACCUCUGGAACAAGACAAUUCAAACACGGACGCAUUAUCCCAAAUUUCGCCAAUAACUCAGCCGCAAACAGAAGAGAAAACUAACAUUUCUACACAGCAACCUCUUCCGCUGCAGUCUGUCAACAAAGACAAGGAUAUUUCCAUGUGGGAAAUAUUGAAAUUGAACAAACCCGAAUGGGUAUACAUAACUUUGGGUGUGAUCGGUUCAGCCCUACUCGGAUUGAGCACCCCGGUCUAUGCGAUGGUGUACGGCGAACUAAUGGGUUUACUUGAUCCGUCCCUUCCGGUAGACGAAGCAAAGCAGUCGAACAAUACUCUUGCACUGAUUUUCUUGGGUAUCGCGUUGGGUACCGGUUUGGGCGCUUUUAUGCAGACCUUCAUGUUAACCAUCGCUGGAGAGAAGCUGACUUUCCGCUUGAGGACACUUUCUUUCCGAUCUAUCCUUUGGAAAGAGAUUGGCUGGUUCGAUCAACUCGAAAAUUCCGUCGGCUCGUUGUGUGUUCGACUCUCCGGUGACUCUUCGGCCAUCCAAGGAGCUACUGGAGCAAGAAUAGGCCUCCUCGUUCAGGUUUCAGUCAGCAUUUUAUUUGCCCUGACACUGUCGCUGGUUUACGACUGGAAACUAGCGUUAGCUAGCGGCAUAUUCGUACCCAUUGUCCUCUUGUCGGGCCUCCUGGAAGUCAAAAUGAACAUGGGUCAGAAUGCGAAAAAGGCAAAAGCUCUGGAACGAUCCACUCGGCUGGCGACUGAAGCCAUUUCCAAUAUCCGGACAGUAGCCAGCCUCGGUCUUGAAGAAACUUUUAAUGCCAAAUACAUGGAUUCCCUCCACGAGCCCUACAAGGUUGCCAAGAAACUGACACACGUCCGUGCGCUGAUUUUCGGAUUAACGUGCAACAUGUCGUGCUUCGCAUCAGUCGUCUGCAUGUCCUACGGCGGCUAUUUAAUUCAAAACGAAGGCUUGGCUUACAAAGAAGUCUUCAAAAUCUGUGAAGCGCUUGUGUUUGGCAUGGAGAUGGUUGGACAGACACUUGCAUUCACGCCCAAUUACGGCCGUGCCAAAACAGCGGCCAAAAGAAUUUUCCAUCUCAUUGAAGGCAAUUUUGCGACUCCGAAAACAAACAUCUCUCCACCGCAACCUAAAAAUUUAAUCGUCGAAGGAAAAGUGGAAUUACACGACGUCCAUUUCUGUUAUCCAACAAGGGCGGAUGUCUCUGUUCUGAGAGGCUUAUCCACCACCAUCUUACCUGGCCGGACAGUGGCCCUUGUCGGCCACAGCGGUUGCGGGAAAUCGACAAUCAUCCAACUCCUCCAGCGUUUCUACGAGCCUCAUUCCGGCUGUAUUUUGGUCGACGGGAAGGACAUCACUCUCCUCUCGGCUGAUUUGCUUCGAUCAAAUGUUGGCAUUGUGUCACAAGAGCCUGUGCUCUUUAACCGAACCAUUGCGGAGAAUAUCGCUUACGGCGAUUUGAGUCGAACGAUAGCCAUGCCAGAAAUCAUUGAGGUCGCCAGACAAGCCAACAUCCACAACUUCAUUCAAUCUCUACCACUCGGGUACGAAACGGCGGUCGGACAAAGAGGCGCCCAGUUGAGCGGUGGGCAGAAACAGCGGGUGGCCAUCGCACGGGCGCUCAUUCGCCAUCCCAGGAUCCUUCUGCUGGAUGAGGCGACCUCGGCGCUGGAUGCGGAAAGCGAAAAAGUCGUUCAAGAAGCGCUGGAUCGUGCAAGUCAAGGACGGACGUGCAUUAUAAUCGCUCACCGGCUCAGCACAGUCAAGGAUGUCGACGAGAUCCUGGUUGUUGAUAAAGGUCAAAUUAAAGAAAACGGCAAACACGAGGAUUUGAUUCAGUUGAAAGGAAUUUACUACCAGUUGUGGACUAUACAGGGUUUAAACAACCAAUAAUGUAAU